AUAUAUUAGCAUUUUUGCGCACAGACACGAAAUAAUGUCUACGUAAGCAUAAGCCGAUCUGCUGAUUGUACUUCACCAUAUAGUAAUACAAUAAUAUAGUCACUAUACACUAUACGAUAGUAACUUUACAGUAGUAUUAUACAUACUAUACAUCUCAACGUAGUACAAUACCACACUUUUAUACAACAAUGGACCGAAUAGGUGACUGGAUAACAUCCAUACCUCCUGUGACCAGAUACUGGUCUAUGUUAAUCUUUGCAGUAGGAUUCUACUCAAGUAUAGCUCCUGAGAAUAAAAUGCUUGUACUAUUCAUACCAGAUAAGGCAUUUUCAUCUCAACCAUGGAGAUUGAUAACGGGAUUCUGUUAUUUUGGAGAUCUAUCCCUUGAAUUAGUAAUAAAUAUGGUACUUUCAUUAAAAGCAGUACGAUACCUUGAAGAAUCAUAUACUUGUCCUUCAUCAUUAUUCCCCACAUCCAUUGUAAAUACUUUAACACCAAAUCAAAAGGCUAAAUUAUCAGGCUUAAGAGAAAAUUACAAGACAUUAGACUUUUUAUAUUUAUUAGUACAAAUUUGUGUAUCAUUAUUAGUACUAGUAACUUAUGCCUUCUAUAAAAUGAAUUACAAGAUUUUAUCUCCUGGAUUAUUAUUGGAUGAUUCCUUACUCUACAUUUGGUGUAGAUGCAAUCCUAAUUUAAUAGUUCCAUUAUUUGGAAUUAUUAAUUUGAAAAUUGCAUAUUUACCAUUAUGUUAUACACUAAUUAGGUCAAUAUUAGAAGGAAUCUUCCUUAAAGAUUUGGACCGAUUGGUCCAUUUGGAUUUUUCAGUAUUUACCAGUAUGUUUGCAUUUAGACAUGCCACGGCUUAUGGGGUAGCACAUUUUUGGUGGUAUUACCGUUAUUUCAUCAUUCCAAAAUUUUAUGCCGAUGAAAAACUCAAAACUGAUUUGAGACAUAAUACUAAUGCCAUAUAUGGAGUUAAAAAGUAUGAUGUAGUACCAAAUCUUAUAAGACUACUAGUGUUACCUCCGUGGUAUUGGUGCACGAUCGGCUUAAUGAAACUUAAUCGAGCCUAAGUCUAAAUUUAUUAUAUAAUUUAAUAUAAUAUAUAUGAAUUCUGUAAAAUUAUACUUUUUAAUUGAACGGUCUUAUACAUUGUACUUGUACUGUACAAUGGACCAGACCUGAAAUAAAUAGUUAAGCUAAUUCCGAAUGGCCACUAAAAUGUACAAUUACUACAAUUACUACAAUUACUUCCCCACAGCCUGACGUACGUAAAGUUUAAAGUUUGAUUAUACAUAUUAUACAUAUAAUGCAUUGUUUACCGCAAACCCAUUUUGGGGGCCCCACGGAGGAUUCCUACCAAUCGGUUAUAUUACUUAUAUUCUAUGUCAGGAUUGUUUUCCUAUUUGGGAACACAACCCGUACCAAAACCACAAACAAAAAUUUAUUUUUGG